GGGAAAGGGAGCCUGCGCCGCAAUCUUUCCCGCCCGAAAGACCCGCCCCGCGGUGGGCCCCAGUCCCCGCCCGGCCCGCCGCGCUGCCGGCCCCUCCUCGCCGCCGCGGAGCUGGACCGCAGUUGUGCCCCGCCGACCAUGCGCCGCCUCCCGCGGGCCCUGCUGCUGCAGCUGCGCCUCGCCCUGCUGGUGGCCGCGGGGGCCCCGGAGGUGCUGGUCAGCGCGCCGCGGAGCCUGGUGUGGGGGCCCGGGCUGCAGGCGGCCGUCGUCCUUCCGGUCCGCUAUUUCUACCUGCAGGCGGUCAACUCGGAGGGCCAGAACCUCACUCGCUCUCCCCCAGGUAGUGUCCAGCCGCCGGCCUCCCUCGUCCCGCGGCCGGGUCCCCGCGCGUCUCCGCCUCCCGGGAGUCCGCCCGCGGCCUGCGUGGCGUCCCUCCCCGGCGUGUGUCGCCCCUUUUUGGGUCUGGUCAGCUCCUCUUCCCUCCUCCCGCCCGUACUCAAAGCGGGCAAAAAUCACCACGAAAGUUUGUGGAAUGAAUGAAUGAAUGAAUGAAGGGCCCUUCCGCAUUUAAUGUGCAGGGACUGAUGUUGCGAAUGGACGGCGCCCGGGCGUUACAAGGAGUGUGCCGUGAGUCACACGUUGGCUUCCAUCUCGGACUUACUUGUCUGAACUGUGAGGGAUUGCAGGGAGCGCUUUCCAGUGGUGAAACACCAUUCAAAGUAGUAGUCAAAUCUCUUUCACCUAAAGAGUUGGUCCGGAUACAUGUCCCUAAACCUUUGGACAGGAAUGAUGGAACAUUUUUGAUGAGAUAUAGGAUGUAUGAAACUGUCGAUGAAGGCCUGAAGAUAGAGGUCCUUUAUGGUGAUGAACAUGUGGCUCAGUCUCCCUAUAUUUUGAAAGGACCAGUGUACCAUGAGUACUGUGAGUGUCCGGAAGAUCCUCAGGCCUGGCAGAAAACUCUUUCUUGUCCAACCAAGGAACCACAGAUUGCAAAGGAUUUUGCUUCCUUUCCCAGCAUCAAUCUCCAGCAAAUGCUAAAAGAAGUCCCCAAAAGGUUUGGGGAUGAGAGAGGUGCCAUUGUUCAUUACACGAUUCUCAAUAACCAUGUUUACCGGAGAUCUUUAGGGAAAUACACAGACUUCAAGAUGUUCUCUGAUGAGAUUUUGUUAUCAUUGACAAGAAAGGUCCUUCUCCCAGAUUUGGAAUUUUAUGUUAAUCUUGGAGAUUGGCCCUUGGAGCAUCGAAAAGUCAAUGGAACCCCCAGCCCCAUACCUAUCAUUUCAUGGUGUGGCUCUCUGGAUUCAAGAGAUGUUGUCCUUCCAACGUAUGACAUCACCCACUCCAUGCUUGAAGCCAUGCGGGGUGUUACAAAUGAUCUCCUCUCUAUUCAGGGAAAUACAGGGCCUUCCUGGAUCAAUAAAACAGAGAGAGCUUUCUUCAGAGGUAGAGACAGCCGAGAGGAGAGGCUCCAGUUGGUACAGCUGUCCAAAGAAAAUCCUCAGCUACUAGAUGCAGGAAUUACAGGAUAUUUCUUUUUCCAAGAGAAAGAAAAGGAGCUUGGAAAAGCCAAGUUGAUGGGUUUCUUUGAUUUCUUUAAGUACAAGUAUCAAGUAAAUGUGGAUGGGACCGUGGCUGCUUACAGAUAUCCAUAUCUCAUGCUGGGCGACAGUCUGGUUUUAAAGCAGGACUCGCCAUAUUAUGAACAUUUCUACAUGGCACUAGAACCUUGGAAGCAUUAUGUUCCAAUUAAAAGAAAUCUGAGUGAUUUAUUAGAGAAAGUUAAAUGGGCUAAGGAAAAUGAUGAAGAAGCCAAGAAGAUUGCAAAAGAAGGACAGUUGAUGGCUAGGGACCUACUACAGCCACACAGGCUUUACUGCUACUAUUACCAAGUACUGCAGAAAUAUGCCGAGCGCCAGUCCAGCAAACCCGAAGUACGUGAUGGAAUGGAACUUGUUCCUCAGCCAGAAGAUAGCACAGCCAUCUGCCAGUGCCACAGGAAAAAGCCUUCAAGAGAAGAACUUUGAGUCAGCCCAGAAUCACACUCCUGUGUAUCCCGGCUACAUCUUUAAGGAAAGAUUGAAUCUAAGCUGUGAAGGACAGUAUAGAAGACUGCACCAAGUGGACUAGUUCUCCCGGUGGCUUUAUAUAUGUAGAUGGAUAUAGCAGUACUGGUUGAGUAUCCCUUAUCUGAAAUGCUUAGGACCAGGAGUGUUUCAGGCUUCAGAUUUUUUAAGAUUUGGGAAUAUUUGCAUGUACAUAAUGAGAUAUCUUGGGGAUGAGAUCCAAGUCUAAACACAAAAUUCAUUUAUAUUUUAUAUAUACCUUGUUCACAUACCCUGAAGGUAAUUUUAUAUAAUAUUUUUAAUAAUUUGUGCAUGAAACAAAGUUUGUAUACAUUGAACUGUCAGAAAGCAAAGGUGUCACUAUCUUAGCGACCCAAGUGGUGGUGUCAGCACUCAAAAAGUUUUGGAUUUUGGGGUAUUUCAGAUUUUAGAUUUUUGUAUGAGGAAUGUUCAACCUGUAUUUGAACAAGCAUUACCAAAUAUCAUUGAAUAUUGAUAUCUUUUGCGUAAAAACUGCUAUUAUCAGCAUCAUAGUUUCUUUAAAAAGAAAACUUGGGGAUCAUAGCCGAUAGAGAGACUUGCUAAAAUAUAAAUCAGCCUCUGCAAAACUGUUUACAUAUUUAUUGGUUUACAUAUGUUAUUGGUUUAUUUCUAUCCCCUGUUCACUUUUUCUCUUCCACUUCCAAUUAUGAAGAGAAAAUAUUUGUUCAGGGUUUUCCCCCCGCCCCCCGUCACUGCAUAAUUUCUCCUCUUACAAGCUGCUUUUGGCUUUCAUUAACAACAGCUUCCUUUUAGAAGGUCUGAUAAGGAUAUUUAAGGAAGAAGAGAAUGACUGUGUUAUUAAAGGUGGCAUGGAGACUGUGGAGGGAAUAUUUUUUAAAGCACUACUCAUAUCCUUUAAACUAAAUUUUGCUAAAGCCCGAGACAACAUUAAGGAGAAAUUGUACCUUAAGUUAGUAAUUCCAAAUCUAUCUGAGUUGUAUACCCAUCAAAGACAAUACAGUUAUUAACAUAGAUGAAGGUAUGCUAUAGGCAUCAUUCAUUAUCUCUAUAUUGAAUAGGUGAAAGAUAACUGUAGUCAGGUGAAAGGCGUUCAUUAUUUUUAAGCUGAAAAGGGGAUCCUUGAAAACACUGAAAACCUCUACAACAAUCUUCAGGAAGCCUGCUAUCUUGGGAUUCACUAAUAAUAGGCCAAGAACAAAGGCAAGCAUGCAUUCUUCACUCCACCACUUUUCUAUUUCAGUGGGUGUCGUUGCUAAGAUGAAGACUUUGGAAAUUUCCUCUCUCUUUUAGGACAGGGUCAGGAUUUAGGACUCAUAGCCUGAAAGCUCAUUACAUACUCCUUGUAACCAUCAGUCCAAGGUUCAGUUCACUAAAGUGCAUGUUCUAAAACAAGAGCUAUCCUCAUUCCAAAUUUUAAAAUAUGUACUCUGGCCGGUUGCAGUGGCUCACGCCUGUAAUCCCAGCAAUUUGGCAGGCCGAGGUGGGCGGAUCUUUUGAGGUCAGGAGUUUGAGACCAGCCUGGCCAACAUGGUGAAACCCCGUCUCUACUAAAAAUACAAAAAUUAGCCGGGCAUGGUGGCAUUUGCCUGUAAUCCCAGCUACUCGGGAGGCUGAGGCAGGAGAAUCACUUGAACCUGGGAGGCAGAGGUUGCAGUGAGCUGAGAUUACACCACUGCACUCCAGCCUGGGCGACAGAGUGAGACUCCAGCUCAAAAACUGAAAAUAAAAAUAAAAAUAUGUAUUCUCCUAACUGAAAUAUUUACUUAAUCUGGAAAACAAUGUAACUAUUUUUAAAGUGGUUACAUCUAUUCUUGCUGAAGAACAAAAAACAGAAUUUUUUGACUAAGCAUAACCAAAUUUCAGAACAGUCUAAUCAAUGCCAAGUAUCCAAGGCAAACUCUAAUACCCAUCCAUUGUGCAAAACCACAAGCACAUAAGUAUUAAAUAAGAGCAAGCUGUCCUGAGCCCAUACCUAAUGAAUUUGUGUCUUAAAUAUUGUACAUAGUGUUUGAGGCUUCUCAAAACUGGGAUUAUGGCAAGAAAGGUUGCCUGCCUCAUACCUUUCUGCCUCAAAUUCCAGGUGCUAAAGGCUAAUGGCAUUUUAAACGUCUUACAUUUUUAAAAAUUUAUAUUGCCUCUGCCAAACAGGCCUAAUAGUUAAAAGCAAGUUGAGACAAACCAGGCAGAUUCAGUGUGUGGAACAGGAAGGAUGUGCUUUAAAAAAAGGUGGAAUCCCUCAAAAAAUUCUAUAGGGAGACAGCAGCCUUAAUCUACAUAAUUCUUCAUCUCGCCAAUUCAGCCGCAGCCUUUAAAGAGUUAGUGUUAAUGGCUUUCUGAUUUGAAAACAAAAAUGCAUCUAUGUGGUUGAAAGUUUGGGAGGAGAUUCACCAAUAUCUGAGGAGAAGAUGGAGUGAAGGGAAUUUUUACUUUUUGCUUUAUACCUUUCUAUAAUAUUUAGAUUUUUUUUUACUGUAAGUAUGGAUCAAAUUGCAAAAUAAAGAAAAAUGCCAACCUUAGAAAAGACAAUAAAUGCACAAAAGAUAUAAAUAGGAACAGGAAAUAUUUAUAUUUUUUCCAUUUUGCUCUUUUUAAAUCUAUGUUUAGAACUUUAUAUCUUGGGACUUAUGUAUAUACAUACUUUUUAAAUAAAAUAAAUUUUCUAAAUAAAAA